GAUAUGCCUUUCUACGGAUUUGUUUUUUGCAUCUUAAAAUCAUUAUAAAAUGGCCACCGUUGAAUUACCCGCUACCUAUUAUGGGAAACUUGACAAAAGAAACCCAGUUAUUGUAUCUUUUGAGCGAGAUAUUAGCUCGUUUAUGACAAUGAUGAAACGAGUAGCGUCGGCUCCCAGCCAGGACAACGUCUCGUAUGCUAAAGGGAGUACAUUACUGGCAGAGAUUUGGAGAAACUAUAAACAACGUCUGCCCUCUACAUUGUACCAGGAGCGCAUGUUACAGAUUGGAGAUUUUCUUGCUGGAUCAAAGUUGUACCAGCUGGCUCUAUCCCAAGGGUACAGUCUGCUCCUGUUUCAGUUCUGCUCCACCAGUAUAAGUGACAUUAAAGAUAUGGACCACUUAAUGACCUGCUUCUUCCCUGAAGGUUUUGACUCAGACCAAGAUAUCUUUAGUAUGAAGGUUCGUUCAAUGCUGGGGUGUGCAGUGUGCAUAUUUGAGUUGGAGAAAAGGCCAAUGGUUCUCAGCCAGAAGGGGCUUUCGAAACUGCUGCAUGUGCUGAACUUCAUCAGGAUAAUGAUGCAGGCUUUUCAGCCGCAUGAGCACCUCUGUUGGCAAAUUUAUAAUGGUACUUUGCACAUCUACAACAUUUGCCGUUACCUGAUGAAAGUGAAUCAUAAUUCACACGCACUGGAGUACCUUCUGUGGGCAAGCCUCAGUUUAGAGCCAUAUAUGCACAUCAUGACCACUAAACAUCUUCCAUGGAUUGUCACACUCUACUGCGCUGUAUGCCACUGUUACUAUGCCAACCAGGCUUCUCUGCAGGCGGAGGAAUUUGCCAGGAGAGCCCUUGGAAGAAUCAACGACCUUGCAGAGCAGGAGAAGCAGAGUGAUGGUCCUGCCAAUCAAGAGACUCAGAUGGCUUAUAGAGAGGCCUCUAUCAAGCUUGCUGCCUUGAUGUUCAAGCGGGCUGUGUUUGAGACCAGGAGGAAACCCAAGCAUAUUAUUAUAAUCAAGACCAAAACUACCCUGCAGGACUUUCCAAAUAUACCAUGGCCUCGUAACGCAACGGAGCGGAUGCUUAUGGGCCUCUUUGACAGCAGUGCAGCCCAGUUCUUGGCCAUCUCUGAAGCUCUCUGGGACAGCUCUCUGCGUCCUCUGCAGGCGAGGAUACCGGAUGAACCGGAGUUGCAAGAGGUGGUCCUGGAACUCUUUUCUGCGGGCAUUGGUAUAUUAUCCGGCGUGGCUAGUACGAGUGAUCAAAAGCGUAGCGAUCAGUGCUGUGUGCCUCUCAGUGCGCUGACCACGACAUCGACUCUAAUGGAAGUAGCUAUUGCAGUCAUUGUUCGUUGUCUUGCUACAGGAGAAAACAAAGUACCCAUCACUGCUGCCGUGAGGUUCAUUAAGUUCAUGAUGCAGUACAAGCAACCCGAUGCUUUGGCUGAACACGCCCAAGCGAUGCUGCAGAUCUUGUCUGCGGUGGAGGGCCCUUCAUUCAGGAAGGCAGAACAUGAGCUUGCCUUAAUCAAUGGUUUCAACACACUGAAGUCCUCCCACAGAAAACGGCUUCGAGAGGACGUCAGCACUGAAAGACACAAGUGGUGCAUUGAUGGGCUCAUAAGUCUGACGGAGACUCUGCACAAGGCUGUUUGUGGUUCUGUCCCUAAUGCACAGCCAGAUGCAGAACUAGUUUGGGAUGUUUUGCUGUUUCUGUGGGGAAAGCUGAAGUUGCUUAUAGUGAUGGAUCAGCUGGCAAACCCAGAUCUCACACAAGACCAUGACAAGUGGACAUGGUGUUUAUCCAUGCAGUGUGAUGUGGCCUUCGCUUGUGACCUGUCAACAAUUGACUGCUUAAAGACAGCAGAGAUGAUUCACAGCUUGGUCUUACUGCUUGAGAGUGCAGCUGAUCGCAUCAAAGAUGAUGGUGAAAAGACAUUUUCCUUUCUUCAGGGGUCACGUAAAGAGCUCCUUGAGAAAGUGUGUGAGGUAGUGACAAAGGGUUUCCAGGCUCUGGUCAAGCGUGUGGUCAUGCUGAUGCCCCAAGAUGGCUCUGCGGCCACUGAUACUGCUUACUUGCUGAAGAGAGAGGAGGGAAAUAGAGAGGAUGAAAUGAACGAGAAGGAAAAAGAAGAAUUAGAUGUGAAACAGUCUCGAUAUUGCCAGUCUCCACAAAUGUGCUCGCUUGUCAUAGACCUUCUUCUUGAGUUGAACAUUGUCCGCCAUCGGGCUUCACUCAAGUUAAUUCAGCUAAAAUCAGGUACAGAGUCUGAUCUGUUGAACAAGAUCAAGAAGAACAAAGUGUCCAAAGCACUUUUUCUGUCCCAGAAAGCCUUGCUGUUGUAUGACAACAUGACGUCAAAGGAUUCCAGUGAAAUCAGGAGUCUACUAGAGGAAGCCUGCACUUUAGUAGAGAAGGCAGGAAUGGAAGAGAGAAAACUGUACACGGCUAACAACCCAAAGUACUCGCUUGAAAAUGAAGGCAAAGGUGUGAGGGAAGAGGAACAGGAAAGCCCUCCGCCUCCUCCCAUUUUAAUCUACCGCACUGACCACUCUUUAACCUUUGCUCCUGCUCCAUACCAUAUGGAGGAACAAGUUUUCUGGUAUCAACUCUGUGGCCGUGCAGCUGAGGUUAUCAACCUUAAAGUUCGCCUUGGAGACUGCAGCCUAGCAGGAACUGGAAAUUUUGUACCAGCAGUUUCUGGUGAGUGGGAGCUGAAGGUGGAAGGGCUUGAACCAAACCAGAAGUACGCGUUUGCUCUCGCAGCAUACAACAGUCAAGGGAAGUUGCUGGGCAACAGCAUAGGAGGAACCAGCAUCCCACUAAUGGCAUCCAUGCCACAGUCAUUGCUCUCCACAUGGGCUCACUUAGCACAGGUGGCAUUCCAAACCAAGCAAUACAUCAUCGCAAAGAGAGCCUGCAAGGAAUUGUGGAAUCACUAUACCCUUCCUGAGUGUGGGCCACAAAGCACACAGGAUAGGCUUGCAUCAACUGCGCUGCAUUUGAAGGCCCUGCAAAACUCAUCUCCUCUCCUGUGUCAGCUCUUCCUGACGUCCAUCUUCAUUGAGAUAGACAUCAACAUUCAGCAGCACUCACUCCUGUGUGACUCAGGCAGCAUAUGCGGACUCUUUGUCUGGAAACAGGAAGCCAGACUUCAUGAAUGUGAACGGUUACUAGUGGCCAUGGACUUAGCCAUGUGGUUAAAUGACAGCAGCUUUGUCGUUCAAGCUGUAGUAAGCUGUUAUGCCCUUUUGGUUCCGUUCAUCUUCCAUCAGAUCCCUUGUGAUCCUGCAAUUGAGUUGCUCACCAAAUGCUUGACGGUUUUGAAACAGAAUGGACCUUAUCUCAAACAAAAAUGGUCCAGAAACACAGUAGAGUCCCUUAUGCACAUGAUCGCCUGUAUCACCAACUAUCUGUCCAAGGCAUUGCGUGCAGCGAAGGAGCAUCCUAAGGCGGGCAUGGUGAUUGACAGCGGUCGUGCUCUUCUCCAAGACAUUUUUGAUGCCCAAGAGCGACUCGGUAGACUUCCCAACAAACAUGUGGCGUCAAAGACGGAAAAUUCUGCUACAAUGAAGGAGGAACUAAAAACAAGUCUGCAGCUGAAAGAACUUUAUGGGAAGUACAGAGAAACAAUCACAAUAGACGCACCUCCUGGUCCAGUGAAUAAGAUUUUACCCUCUCUGAGUGGUUCUGAGGCUGUUGCUGUACUCCGCGAGCGGCUCUUCAGCAGAGCUCUAAAGAACACUUAUGAAGACGUUAUGCAUCUCAGGAACCAUUCAAAUUUCAUUGAGUUUUCGGCACUGCUACUUCAGAGAGCCUUGGAAGAAGGACACCCAGAACUUGUGAUACAAUGGGGUCAAGCAAUAUUUGACUUUCUGGCCAAGAGAGAUGAGGUAACUGAAACAUCCACAGAAUGUUUGGAGAGGAACAGUCAGUGUGAUAAAGAAGAAGCUAAUGAACCCACCCCGACAGACACGCCAUCAUCACAGGUGUGCACAGGUGGCUCCACCCCGGCAGGACCAGCAGUGCACUGCAAAAGACAGCAGACAGGUGGCAGCAAAUCAGCCAAAACGGAAAUUGACACAGAGAACUUAUUGUCUCAGAAAAGUACUCCAAGGAGAUCUCAGAAAAGUACUACAAAGAAACGGAAGUUUAAACUUCGUCGUGGUGCACUUCUGAAAGCUAGAACUGUCAGGGAGCUUCAGGCUGUGGAGAGGCUUCUGUCCGCGCUGAAGUCUGUCUUUAAAGUCCAACAGAGGAGGCUUCAAUUGAGGAAAACGUGCUCUGAAGAGAGAGCGUGGAGGUCUCAGCUCAACUACUGCAUCGCUCAGGCACAUCUGACGCUAUUUGAGUGGGACUUACAUGAGUUCCAUGAAGAAUCCCUUCAAUCCAGAUACAACCACUUAAAUCCAUCAAGAUUCUUUCUGGCCAACUCUGGUUUCCUGAUACAGAGACACUCAAAGGAACAGCUAGCCUUCAAACCGCUACUUACUUAUGGGAGACACUUUUCAGACUCUGAUCAGUCAAAUGAUACUUUCAACAAAGACUGGAAUAAAAACGAAAUAUAUGACGGUUCUGGGGGCAGUGGUGAAGAGGACCAAGACCACUUUCAACAGCGAGAGGAGCAGAAAACUGCUUCUAGAAUGCUAAUGGACUCACUGGGGAAAGCUGCCUUACAUCUGCGCAAGGCCAUGGUGUUGGCACAUCGCGGAGGUCACUGGACAACUCUGCAGAAAGUCUGUCACACUGUGUGGGAAGAAAGCAGCAGAAUUACCGCAUUGCAACAGACGGCUGCUCAGCUUCAACCUCCCUUCUUGGUUACAUCAGUGGAGUUGCACAAGAUCUUCACCCCUCUAUUGGUGUACACAACAGAUCUGAUUCUAGACAUGCUCAGCAGACUGGGACUGUGGCGUGUGUAUGACAGCGUAACUGAAGAGGAAGAAGAGUUCAAUCUUUGUUUCUCAGUCCCACUGGAUGACUGCACCCAGGUGGAUAUGCGUUGGGUCCGCACAUUGGUGUUGCACACUCUUGAGCUGCUCCAUGAUGGGGGCAAAUGGGAAAACCUGGCACACUUCGCCUUACUUUUCAACUCAUACACCCGUGACCGAUACGCCUUGACAGUAACGCCCCUCCUGAUCCUGGCCCAGAGGAAGCUGCUUGAAAGAAUUAGUACUAAUGCAGGUCCAAAUGUCCCACAACCACACCAUCUGAAAACCGAAUGGGUCACUGGAAAAGAGGUCACAUACAAGAGUUAUGCAGGCUGCCAGGUGCUCAGUGGAUGGAUACCUCAACCUGCUCAGCGCCCGUCAAGCCACAAGAAUGCUCACCUCGUCAUGCAUCCUACAAAAAGGGAGCUCAUAGAUGCAGAGAUCAAGCGCUCACAGGCCCUUGUGUGUGUUCCUCUGGAUGUGGAAAACACGCUGCACUUUUACCGUCAAUCUCUCGAAAGAGUACCGCAUUGUCUCCAAGUUUUUCGCUAUAGCCGAUCAUUACUGCUGCUGCUACUUGCCCAUACGCAAGCAGGUUUGGAAAGUGAGCAACGCAUACAAGCAGAGAUUGAUUUCAAUCCCAUACUUACGGCCACACCAAACAUCCAGCCUUGGAACCUGAUUGAUAACUACAAUAUCACUCCAGACACACUUUACAAUCUCCCUAUCAGCCCUGACCACUUGCCAAAAGUCAUCUCUACAUAUGCUACAUCCACAAAAUAUCUCCAGAGCAAGAGCCAAGAAUCCCUCAGAGUAUAUGCACUGCAUGAAAUGGGAAACCUGCAUUUCUACGAUGGAAACACACGGAUGGCGCACACUUGCUGGAGUAAAGCUGUUGAUGCUGCUUUGCAGAGCUCAGGGGUGAUUGAUAAAUGGGAUGGGGUGACAUUUGGUGGUGGCACACUGCAACAAACUUUAAAACAUGCUGGCAUUUGGGGAUGUCUACAGGCGGCGGUGCUUGCUGCUAAGAUUGCACAGUAUAUUCUAACUUCAGAUAUCAACCAGAGAACCAUAUGCUCUCUUUUAUCUACUCACCUUUUUAAGUGUGUGCUGUGCUGCUCCCUGGCUCAUCCCCUCGAUGAUCUCCAGUAUGCUUCAUACAGCAUCGGAGAUGAACUACUCCCUGGGGUUGACCUUUUCUCAGAACAUCACAGGGCUGACCUCGGGACUACUGUUGCCAGCCUGAACUUUAUCUGCCAUUGGCUAUUCAUCACAGGCUACUACAUAGCGCUUCUGCCCAUGCUUGCCCUUUAUCAGCAUCUUGUGGGGACUGUCUGCAGGGACGUUGAACGCAAUAUUGAGAGUAAAAUACUAAAGAUCCGCACUCUGGCUGAACUGUGCCUCUUCUCCGAGGCCAUCAAAGAUGCACUGCAGCUGUCGCAAGGAGUGGGGAUUCUUCUCCCUAAUGGACGCUACAUCACUAAUGAGUUCCUCCAACCUCAGAAGAUGUUUCAUAAUGACAAGGUGCUCCUAGACAAUGUUCAGGCAUGUGAGGAACUUGUCAACUGUGACCUUUGUCCAGAGGUCAGUGCACUUUCCGGAUCCACACUGAGGCUCCGAUUUAACCUUGCACUUGUUCAAUGCGCCGUGGCUGUCAGUAACACUGUACAAAGCCCUCCUGAGCCAGGUCCACAAGAAAGAACAUUUACAAAAUUAAGCUACACAGAAGACACAGAAGAACACAAAAAGGAGCAAACACAUCCUGAGAACUCUGUCCUGCAGAAUAGAAAAACAAAAGCGAGGUUAUUUGCUUCGCAGGAAAAUCUCACACCAGAAAGGAUUAAGUACCUCCUCCUGGAAGAAACUAACCUCCUAUUGGAAUCCAUAUUGAAAAAGCUCCCAUCUUCCUCCUGUAGUGAAAUUGAGAACCUGGAAUUGAAAAUAGAGGCCAAUCUACUCAAGGCCAAUCUAUACAUGCAGCAAGGACAUAUUGCACUAAGUUUGGAGAUGGCAGUUGCAUCACUGUUGCUGCUGCAGGACCUCAAAGUGCUUGAUCAUGAGAAAUCAACACUUGAUCCCCCAUUUGUUGGGAGUGACCAUGAACAGGACAUGGAUGAUGGCAUACGGCAUGAAGACUGCCCCAGAGCAGUCGAGGCCAGUGAGCGGGUCAGUGGCCUUCUGUGGCUACGUUGCCGUGUGGCUCUGUUCCGCUGCCUCGCAGCACAGGCCUCUGAUGUUGCAACUCCUCAUACAGCUAAGAUCCACGACAAGACAGCUCAGGUGCUAAAGCAGUGUCUGGACGACUGUACUCUUUUUGGAGAUGUCAACAUUCAAGCCCUUUUGAUGGUGGAAGGUGCACAAUUAAAAGCACAGAGAGGCAGAGUGGACGAGAGCAUGGCACUGCUUCAGGAAGCGGUAAGCCUCCUGUCAGGAUGGCCUCGCUUGCCACCAGGAUCUAAUGUGACUCUAAUUAGAGCCACUUUGCUCCUCAACAAACUGAAAGGAACACAGAGUCCCAAACUUGUAAAGCUGGCACAUAAGCUUUUGCAAAAACAGCUGAGUGAUUUUGGCGAGAGUGUUAUUUUUGAAGAUGGGGAAAUGCUCAUUUCUUCUGGACCUAAAAACAUAUACCUCCCUUACCUCCACAUGUUAAAUCAAACAGCAUAGCAAGCAAGCUAUUUUGUUCAACCAAGCUAUGCUUAUUGUUUGUUUUAAAAAAAACGACUCAAUUAUGAUUGAGUAUUGACUAUUAUGACAUUCCUUUUAAAAAAUACAAAUAAA